AACAUCCGGGCUAAAAGAACUUUUACCAAAAUUAAUGCCGUUAUUGGAGAGGGAGAGAGAGCGGUACUAUUGCUGAACGGACCACCGCGGCGAUGUCUUCCUCUCCUUCUCCGACGGCCGCCCCCUCACCAACCUCACCUUCGACGCCGUCACCUCCGCCGCCGGAUCCCACCACCCCACCAUCGCCUUCCACUUCUCCUCCACCCUCAAACUCCACCGCUCCCCCUCCUCAGCCGGUCUCCUCUCCCCCGCCUCCUGAUUCCGCGACCCCACCUAGCUCCUCCUCUUCGCCGCCGCCUCCUGUAGCGGCGAGCCCUGCAUCCUCAUCCCCGCCGCCUCCGGCAGCGGCGAGCCCACCUACAUCCUCUACUCCGCCGCCUCCGGCAGCCGCGACACCGCCUAUUUCCUCUUCUCCUCCUCCUCCGAUCGGAACUCCAACGACCCCCUCGCCUCCGGGAAAUCCCUCUCCGUCGAAUUCAACUCCAUCGGGGGGAUCAUCCUCAAAUAACCCACCGGGUUCGUCAGGCUCUCAUGGUUCGCCCCCCUCGCCGCCAUCUUCACGGUCCUCGUCAUCCAACUCGAAUUCAACAGGGAUUAUUGUCGGUUUGGCUGUGGGCGGAGUGGUGAUUCUGUUGGUUUUGGGUAUUGUCUGUGUCUGUUGCUUUAGGAAGAAGCGUCGAUCGCAGCCUCUUCCGCCAGCGUACCAUCAUUACGGUGCUCCGCUGCCCCCUCCACCGGUGAAAGAUCAACCAUAUGGACAUCACAAUUAUCACAAUGCUCCACCACCAGCUGAUUAUAUUGUCAAAAUGCCCCCAAAUCCUAUGCAUCCAACAGCUCAUGUUGGAGGCCUACCUCCUACAUCACCAUUUACGAGCAGCAGCGGGGCUUCUGGUUCGAGCUAUUCAGGAUCUGAAAAUCAAUUACUUCCACCAUCACCGGGCCUUGGUUUUGGCUUUUCAAAGAGCACAUUUACAUAUGAAGAAUUAGCAAUGGCAACAGAUGGUUUCUCUGAUGCUAAUCUCUUAGGACAAGGUGGCUUUGGAUUUGUUCAUCGUGGAAUGCUUCCAAAUGGUAAAGAAGUUGCUGUUAAGCAGUUGAAGAUUGGCAGUGGGCAAGGCGAGCGUGAGUUCCAGGCAGAGGUCGAAAUCAUCAGUCGUGUUCAUCAUCGACAUUUGGUUUCAUUGGUUGGAUAUUGCAUUGCUGAUGGAAAGAGACUGCUUGUCUAUGAGUUUGUUCCGAACAAUACGUUGGAGUUCCAUUUGCAUGGUAAAGAAAGGCCAACCUUGGAAUGGGCCACCCGAUUGAAAAUUGCUCUUGGUUCUGCAAAAGGAUUGGCAUAUUUGCAUGAAGACUGCCAUCCUAAGAUUAUUCACCGCGACAUUAAGGCAUCCAACAUCCUUCUUGAUUUCAAGUUUGAAGCAAAGGUUGCAGAUUUUGGCCUUGCAAAAAUUGCAUCAGAGACCAAUACCCAUGUAUCUACCAGAGUCAUGGGAACUUUUGGGUAUCUGGCCCCCGAGUACGCAUCUUCUGGCAAGCUCACAGAUAAAUCCGAUGUUUUCUCUUUCGGUGUCAUGCUUCUCGAGUUAAUCACGGGCCGCCGCCCCGUCGAUUCAAACCAGGCUUUCAUGGAUGACAGUUUGGUUGAUUGGGCAAGACCUUUACUUGCUCGUGCUCUUGACGAAGAUAACUUUGAUGCCCUUAUUGAUCCAAACUUGGCAAAAACAUACAACCCGAUCGAGAUGAGACGAAUGAUUGCUUGCGCUGCUGCCUCCGUGCGCCAUUCCGCUAGGCGAAGGCCACGGAUGAGUCAGAUUGUUCGGGCUCUGGAAGGAGAUGGAUCUCUGGAAGAUCUGCAUGAAGGAGUUAGGCCUGGGCAUAGCAGUGUCUAUGGUUCUCAUGUUAGCUCAGAUUAUGAUGCCAUGCAAUACAAUGAAGACAUGAAGAAAUUCAGAAAAAUGGCAUUUGCAAGUCAGGGAUUUGAAAGCAGUGGAUACAGUGCACCAACUAGUGAGUAUGGUCAUAUCCCAUCGGCUUCGAGCAGCGGCGAAAGCAAAGAGAUGGGUAACAUGAAAAAGAAUAGCCAAGGUUUUCAGUAACUGAAAAACCUUUCGAGGCAUUUACAUUCAUACCAACCGAUCUUGCAUAUUUUACAUAUCGAAUACUUAAACUUGUUAUUUAUAUUUAUGCCGCCCAAAUUAUUUAAAUCACGUCGAAAAUACUAUUU